AUGAAGGCAAUUCUGCCUCUUGCUGCUUUUCUAAGUGUUUAUGUUACUCUUGCGUUUGCGCAACACAUUCAUCUCUCCAAGUACUGUGAAGAGUGCUUACGAAAGAGUGCAACAUCCGGACUGUACCCUCAUCCAAACAGAUGCGAUGCUUUUGUAAAAUGCGACGUCCUUGAGAAACACUUUCGUGCCUUUGUAAUGAAUUGUCCUCCUGGUCUCUUCUUUGAUGAAAAAAAUGGAAACUGUAACUGGAGAUGGGCAGUGAAUUGCAACAAAGAUUGUAAGACCGGCCAAGCAAUCAAAGAUGCUUUUACUUGCAAUGGAUUCUUCGAAUGCAUAAAUGGCAAACGCAAUUAUCGGAAAAAGUUUUGUCCCAAUAUGCAGAGGUUCGAUGAAAGUCGAUCCAAAUGUAUACCGGAUCCAAACUGUCCACCCCCCAAAAAACCCCUUCGGUGUUCUCUACAGUUCAAACUUCAUCCAAAUAAUCCCAGCAUAUUUUACCAGGCCACUCCCAAUGGUUGGACAAAACAACAUUGUGCCGGUGGUACAGGCUUCAAUAUGACCACCUGUACUUGUAGUAUGAUCUUGCGACAGAAUCCAAUAAGAGUCUGUAAACUAGUGGAUCUACCAUUGACUCAAAACAUUGUAGAACAAUCACAUGGCUGGUAUAUAAAUUAUGAGAAUGUCUCUAUAAUAAACAAUUCUGCAAAAUUCCAACUAAACAGCUACCUGAUUGUUCCUGUAGUGACUAAUAAUGAUUUCAAAGACCACAUUUCCAUCAGCCUCAGUUUUCAGUUAGAUGAUGUUUCUGAAAGUUCAGUUGCAGUUCUUGGUAACAGUGAGUGUAAAAUUCCACCAACCUUUACAAUUUUUGUUAAAGAGGCAAAUACCAAUUCUCCAUUACUGGUUGGAAAAUUCAUCCUUGAGUACCAGGGAAGGGAUAUCCCUGUGGAAAUUACAACACGUAUACUUAAGAAAACCUGGGUAACUGUCAAGCUGAUGAAAAAAGGUGACAUCAUAGAAAUGUGGUCCAAUAGCAAUAUGGUUAAACAAAAAAUUGUUCCAGGCUUCAUCAAGAGACAAAACUGUGCCUUGACACUUGGGCAAUCUUUUGGAAAAGGAAACUUUGUUGGAUUUAUUAAAAAUGUGGUAAUCAAUAAAUAUAAGAGUUCAUAUCAACCAACACAAGUGAAUUGUCUGUGCCCUGCAAUUCCCCCUCUCCCUAUCAUAGCACCAUGUCCUGUACUGGUGCCCUAUGUGCUACAUGUUUUUCUAUCUCCUAGCUGCAUGUUGGCCAUUAAGAAGUUCAUCCACCCUUUAACAACUCUCUCCAGGCUGAAAAAAAAAAAUAAGUUCCCCAUGGACAUGUCAGCAGAAAGUUACGGUAAUUCGGCAGAUGUUGAAUAUCAAUGGGCUAUUAAAUGCCAUGACCAUGCUGAAGUCCAUUACAGUUUGAUCUCCUCUGUUGAUCCUGUCUUUUUGAAACUCACUCCUGUUGAUAAUGAAAUCUACAAAAAAUACAAGGAGAAAUUUUCUAAUUUGAAGCUUGAUUUACUUAAUGAAGAUGAGAUAAAAUCUGAAUCUAGUAAAUUUGUAUGGAGAGAAUUCUGUGAGUCAUUUAAAGACAUUGUAGAAGAUUACAAUUUUGGAACAUUGCUGCGAUUAGAUUCAACUUCUGAUUACAACCCAAAAAAUACAAUCCUUGUUCCUAGGAUCCAGUUUCUUGCCAUUGAAAUUGCACGGAACAUUGAAGGCUACAACAGCUGUCUUCGUAAAAAGAAAACGGAACUUGAAAAAGAAGCAGAAGAAUUAGAAACAUAA